AUUUCUCUCAUUCUCUCCACAGCAGCCAUUACAGAAGUCCACAUUUUCUCACAGUUUCCAAACGUUUGGAACAAUGUUCUAAGGAACUUUUACUUGUCCGCGAUGGGUUACUAGUGUCCAGCACUCAAGCCCACUGCACUUCGGUGCCCAGUACAACCUUAUCAUCAUGGAGUCUUUAACUUUUUCCAACCAAAACAACGCUCCCCUGAGCGAAGCAAGCGUACCACUCUCCAUCGUUUCUAUACGAAUCGAAAACUUUUUACGGUCCGAUUUAUCUGAAAUCGAAAAUAGCCAGCAAUUCAACUCGAAAUCCAUUCGCCAUGGAGUCCAGCAGCCUGGUCUCAUGGCAGUUCGAGAACUUCUCGUCUGCUGAACCCAACCUCAGUCCCCCUGAUUCACCAUCCACCUCCCCACCACCAUCGCCCUCUUUGUAUAAUGGACGCAGCAGCAGCAUCCAGAACAACAAGGCCGAUUAUCUCCAUGCUGGGGGAAAGGUCGGCGCAACGACCCUACACCAGGGUUCGAAAUCGUCAUCCAUCCGAGCCCAAUUGGCCUCCACCAUUUUGAAUGACCUCGAAGAAAAUGCGUCGGUCAAGAUGGAAUUUAACGAUUUUGGACUGAACUGGAAUGAGGAAUCUGUCAACUUGAACUUGUUCGAGGAACUAGCAGAAAUUGAAUACACUCCUCCAUCAUCGCUCAAGCGUUCGUCUGCCAAUCUCCCAGCAAUUUCCAACGCCGUCAACAUCCAGCUCUUGCCCCAACCAGUCCACAUUUUGAACGGACAAGUCAGCGAGUCUUCUGCUGACAUUUCAUCUUUGACUGCCGAGUUUCAAGCGAUUCUAGAUUCUCUGCCGAAGGAUAGCGAUAACACGGAAGCUCUCAGCCAUGUCCUACAAAUUGCGGGUAUUCCCACCACCAUCAUCGAUGGCGAAGCCCUGGUUCCCGUGGAGCUGGAUUUGACAGGCAUUACACAAUCGGAUCUUUUGAAUAACAAUAUGGAUAUGGAGGACAUCGAUAACGUCUACGUCCAAGAUAUGAGCGACAAUGAUUCCGACAUCAUUGAGGAGUCUGAACUCUACGAAAUCAGCAACCAAGGAAGUCCAGCUUAUUCUGUCCACUCCAACUCCAACUUUGGGCCAAUGCUGACAACAACGGUUGUUGAUCAACAUUCAGAAGCUGCACAAAAGAUCUUGGAUGCACUACUUCUCGGAGACGUUGCCACUGCCGAAACCUACUUGCCGGAUAUUUCACGUAGCGAUGUGGAGGAUGAUGACGACUCGUCAAUGUCGAGCGAAGAUUCAUACCACCCCCUGCCAAGCCCACCGAGAGCACGACCUGUUGUAGAGAAGAAACCAGAACGCAGGGGUCGAAAACCAACCAAGAAGGUUGCGAAAGGAUCUUCAGCCUACGUGAAGGACAAAGUUAUUCGCAAGAAGGAGCAGAACAAGACCGCUGCAACUCGGUAUCGUCAGAAGAAAAAGUUGGAAUUCAGCGUAAUCUUGGAAAGUGAGGCCGAAUUACAACAGGAGCACGAUAAUCUCGAGAAGAAGAAGGAUGAUUUACAACGGGAAAUCCUGAUGGUGAAGCAACUCCUUCGAGACGUUAUUCAAUCGAGGAAACCAGCCGCUGCGAACAACAAGAUCAUUAUACGAAAUCGACGAAGGUAAUUAAUUUCAGUAGCGAGUGAAGUUAUUAGGUGUUUAAUUGAAUUGAUUUGGAAAUGAGUAGUUGGAAAAAUUGUAGCUGAAAAUUGAGAAAUACAUAUAUAGGAAAGUACUAUUACUUACUAGAAUAAGAUGUUUUGUUAGUAAUUAUUUCAGUUAAGAGAGGUGAAGGUGAAUUAGGUAACACUGAUUGAAGUUCAACAGACACCCAGGCAAAUCCAAUUUGUUUGAAAACUUAUCAACUUUGUCAGCUCAUUACUUAAAAUGACAUUUUUAUUGUCUGUCAACGAGAAAGUACAAUCUCCACAAUUUUAUGAAGUGUUUUCUUACACGGAUUCUCUUUUUUGUGCGAGGUUACUUUACUCGUAACUAAUUGAAUUUGCCUGGUUUUCAUUUUCAAAUUGACUAUAUACAAUCAGAAACCAUUAUGUAUAACUUUGGUAGUUUCCUUAAUUAAUUAUCAUACUAAUAAUCCUCAGUACUUUCAAAAUUAUAAUUCUUUUUCAAAAUUAU